AUGCGUGCCAGUGGCCGGUUCACUGGGAAAAUCGAAGAACAGCGCAUCACAAUCGAAGACCUCGAGGCCCUCAAGGAACUCACGGACGAAUUUGAAGAGAACCAUGUUCAAGUCGAGCGUGAGCUUCGAGAUAAGAUUUUAGAGCGCGAGAAGGAUCUGAGGGAGGAGAAGGUCAGAGUAGGGUUAUUAGAAGACGUAGUGGCAGACGCACAUGGGACAAUCGCAAGGUUCAGAGAGGUCGUUGGAGAAAUGCAGGGCGAACUCGACUCCUUGCGUUCAGCGACGCAAGCAGCACAACACGAGUCUGCCACGGCUGCCCACCAGACGGCAGCGAUGAUGUCGCUGAAUUUGAAACUCCAAUCCUCGGCGGCCAAGAACCAGGCCAGGGCAGUAGAGCUGGAGAUCAAGAAACUCGAGGCGAAGGAGAGGGGAGAACUGUUAGGAAUUGUGCAGCCUUACCUACCUCAACAAUACGUCGAAUCCGACAGCGACGCCACAAAUUGCUAUCUCUUCUUCGCACGCCUAGGGUACAAAACCGAUCUCAUUAACACUAUUGUGGGGCUGGCUCAUGGCCUACCCGAGUCGCUCAACGGUGUCGUGUCAGAAUAUGCGCAAUGCAUGGCCGUGCCGCGUCGUUCUCCACGCUCUGCAAACGCUUCGCUGCCAUCCUUAGGCGAUGCGACCCCACGUCGUUCCUCAAUAUCGGACGCAUACCCUGAGAUCGCCCCAAUGGAGAAACGCAUCGAUCUGCACAUUGAUCUUCUCCGACGGGAUGAGUUUAGGGAGAUGGAAUUCUUCGACCAUCUGGCAGAGACACAUUUCGAUGGGUUCGGGCAGGACCUAGGCGAGCGCGAGCUCGGGUACGCACUUUCGUUUGACCAUGAUCUAGGUGUGUUUGCUGCAUCUAUCGGGCUCACGAAAACAUCUGUCGCUGUGAUUCUCAAUGAUGAAGAUGUUGUCCUCGACAUGGGUGGCUAUUUGCAGAAACUUUUGAAACAGUGCAAGAGCGCGAAAAAACUUACGAAGCGCCUUGACGAUGUUAUCCAGGAGUCUUCGGCGCUUAAGUCCCAUCUCGUUCCACAGCUCAAGACUCUCAGCAAUGCAGUUCCCGAGCUGGUCAACUUUGGUAUCUCUCUCGCCCAACAAGUAAUCCCGCACCUUAGCGAUGCCCGCAGCGCCAAGUCUCCAUUCCAGUUUGCAACAGUGUUAUCGUAUGCAAAGCAAAGUGUUUGCUAUGAGCACGCCUAUCAAUGUCCAACUAUCCACGCGAACCGCAAUGCAUCAAUAUCAACCUCACCGCGCCUCAACGCCUUCCACAGCGCUCUCCUCUCCCUCGAUACCAGGGUACUCGCUCCCAAACGUCCUUUUGUCCGGCCCGCCAACCCCACCACACCACACAGCUCCACGCCUGUCAUACCUGCUGCGUUCUUGGCAAGGCUCAAACACCUAUGUGCCACUGAAGUUUGCAUGCGCCCGCCGCGAGAAAUUUACCUCGCAGACCUAUUUACCGCGACGCGGCAUUUUGGUGCGCUAGACGCCAUGAUGCUCACUGCCCGUGCACGCCAAGAUGCGGAGGUCCUUUUCAAGCUCUGCUAA